AUGUCAAGUGAUUGGAAACAAGAGUUAAACAUUCCAGAAAGAGACACAAGACCUCAAACAGAAGAUGUCACAAAGACUAAAGGUAACUCCUUUGAAGAUUUCUAUCUAAGUAGGAAGUUAUUGAUGGGUAUUUUUGAAGCAGGUUUUGAAAAACCAAGUCCAAUUCAAGAAGAAAGUAUUCCAGUUGCAUUAGCUGGUAGAGAUAUUUUAGCAAGAGCCAAGAAUGGUACUGGUAAAACUGCAUCUUUUAUUAUUCCAACUUUAGAAAAAAUUAAACCAAAAAUUGACAAGAUUCAAGCUUUAAUUCUUUUACCAACAAGAGAAUUAGCUUUACAAACUUCACAAGUUGUGAGAACUUUGGGGAAACAUUUAGACGUUCAAUGUAUGGUUUCCACUGGUGGUACUUCAUUAAGAGAUGAUAUUGUUAGAUUGAAUGAUCCUGUUAAUGUUCUUGUUGGUACUCCAGGUCGUGUUUUAGAUUUAGCUGCAAGACAAGUUGCUGAUUUAUCAAGUUGUUCAUUAUUUGUUAUGGAUGAAGCUGAUAAAAUGCUUUCACCAGAAUUUAAAAGAAUUAUUGAACAAAUUUUAUCAUUUUUACCAGAAAAACGUCAAUCUUUAUUAUUUUCUGCAACUUUCCCAUUAACUAUUCAAGAAUUUAUUGCAAGAAAUUUGAAAAAUCCAUAUGAAAUCAAUUUAAUGGAUGAGUUAACCCUUAGAGGUAUUACAAAUUAUUAUGCUUAUUUAGAAGAACAACAAAAAUUACAUUGUUUGCAUACAUUAUUUUCAAAAUUACAAAUCAAUCAAUCCAUUAUUUUUUGUAAUUCAGCUAAAAGAGUUGAAUUAUUGGCUAAAAAAAUUACAGAAUUAGGUUAUUCAUGUUAUUAUUCUCAUGCUAGAAUGCCUCAAGAUGCAAGAAAUAAAGUUUUCCAUGAAUUUAGACAAGGGAAAGUUCGUAAUUUAGUUUGUUCAGAUCUUUUAACAAGAGGUAUUGAUAUUCAAGCUGUUAAUGUUGUUAUUAAUUUUGAUUUCCCUAAAAAUGCUGAAACUUAUUUACAUAGAAUUGGUAGAUCUGGUAGAUUUGGUCAUUUAGGUUUAGCUAUUGAUUUUAUUACAUGGAAUGAUCGUGCAAAUUUAUUUAAAGUUGAAAAAGAAUUGGGUAUUGAAAUUCCAAAGAUUCCAAAUAAUAUUGAUGAAAGUUUAUAUGUUGCUAAAAGUAACAAAAAUGUUCCAAAACCUUUCCCAAUUCAAAAUUUACCAAAUGCUAAUACUAAUGGGUUCCAUUAUAAAGGUCAACCUGAAUUAAAUUCUCAACCUUCAUCAUCAUCAAUUCCAGCACCAUUACCAUUACCACAACAAGAUGUUCCAUCUAUUGGUGCAACUCCACCACAAGCAGCUGUUCAACAACAACAACAAGCUCCAUCUUCAAGUGGUUCACCAGCUCCUCAACAAGCAUAUCCUUAUCCUCCUCAACAAGCUAAUGGGUUCACACCUCAAGGUUAUGGAUACCCACCUCAAGGAUACCCACCACAAGGUUUCCCACAAGGUUAUCCUCCACAAGGGUUCCCACAAGGUUAUAUUCCUCAACAAUUUCAACAACCUCCUCAAUCUCAACAACAACAAUUUCCUCAACAACCACAACCAACACAACAAUAA